AUGAACGCCCUCCGUACAGAGCUGAUCGCAUUGUCUUCUGGCCUUGAAACAGAUAUUGCUUUUCAACAAGAUGAUGUCUUUAGAAAGAACAAGAGACUGGUCGUUUUUGAUAUGGAUUCAACCUUGAUAUACCAAGAAGUUAUUGACGAGAUUGCUAGACACGCAGGAGUUGUAGAUCAAGUCUCUGCUAUUACAGAAGCUGCUAUGAACGGAGAAAUUGACUUUAAAGAAUCAUUGCGCCGUAGAGUUGCCCUUUUAAACGGUACAAGUGUACAGGUACUAGAGGACAUCAAGAGAGUCCUCACUUUCACCGAAGGCGCUCGUUUCCUCUGUCGUGCGCUCAAGAAGCUUGGAUUCAAGUUGGCAGUCAUUAGUGGUGGAUUUUUACCCUUAGCUAAUUAUGUAAAGUCUGAACUAGGUCUGGAUUAUGCUUUUGCAAACCAGCUCAAGGUUUCUUCUGAUGGACUCACUUUGACAGGUGAAACUGUUGGGCCAAUUGUUGAUGGAGUUCGUAAGGCAGAACUGUUGGAAGUUAUUGCCCAAGCAGAAGGUGUUACUUUGAACCAGGUUAUUGCCGUAGGAGACGGUGCUAACGAUUUAUGGAUGCUAAACAAGGCUGGUCUGGGUAUAGCAUUUAACGCGAAGCCUCGAGUACAAGAACAGGCUAGGGCAAGAAUUAAUCAAAAGAGCCUAAAAUAUGUAUUGACACUAUUGGGAUACUCUGAACAAGAUAUGGAAGAACUUGGUAGCGAUCAUUAA